AGCCCCGUUUCCUUUCAGUUUUUGGCUCAGGGGCUCACCUGGGCGGGGAGGGGAGGAGUUGGGGACUGUAGGUGGGACAUAAAGGUGCUGCAAUUUGGGAGCACCCGAGGGGAUGCCCGUGGUGAAUGGAUUUGCAGAAGGGUUGGGCCAGGUGGCUCUGAGGUUGUUGAGCACCAAACACCAGCAAGGAGGGGCAGGAUCCCUCUGGGUCUGGUGAUGGCUCCCCCAUCACUGGUGCUGUCACUGGGCACAGCCAUGCCCAGUGUCAUGGAAUGGGAUAAUGGGAUCUUGCUCCAAACGGGCUCCUCUGGCUGCAGUGAGCAGAUAUCCCAGUGAAACUGCACCUGGCUUUAUGCUGACCCUGCUCCUGUGCCAGCAGGGCUGUGGGAUCUCUCCUCUCCAACCACUUCCCAUGCAGAAUCAUGGAACCAUUUAGGCUGGAAAAGCCCUCUGAGAUCAUUGACUCCAACCACCCCUCCUGACCUGCCAACACCCUAACCCAUGUUCCCAGAAGCCAAGGGCAGCGCCAGAGGAUCUGAGCCCAACCUAAGCCACCAGGAACCUCUGUGACCCCAGCCUGGUGAGUCCCCACACCCUGGUGCUGCAUCACCCGGAGGCCCUGGCCUCACCUCUGCCUGGUGGUGACAUCUGGCAGCUUAAAGACAAAUGACAAGAAACGUCCCCAGAUGUUUCCUGCUGCUAUGCCAGGCCCCAGUUUGUCUCCACUCUCUGGCUUGGCUCCACCUGGAUGAGUGCCCACACCUGGGAGGACCCAGAGGGGGCUGGAGGAAGGAUCACUCACAUGGUCCCUUCCUUGGUGCACACGGGGUUUGUGUGUUGGGAGCUUGGCGUCCUGGUGACACCAGCCCUCAGCGAUGUCACUCAGCUGGUCCCCCACACCUGGCCCAGCCAGAGGCUCUGACAGGCUCGGGUGCCACCAGGUGCAGACCAGAGUCCGAGGUUCGUGCGGGAAGAGGAUUUAUUGCUUCUGUACUUCUGCCACCUGCAGGACAGAGGAAAACCUGGGCGAUCCCCACUCAGCUCCCUGGACUCUUUUCCAUUUCCCUGCAUAGCUGGAUGCUCCUAACUUCCAUAUCCUCUCGUUUUCCAUGCCAGUUCCCAGCCCUGAGAGCAUGGCUUGGAAGGAAGAGGGAACAAGCCCACCCUCGUGUUUCAUCCAGCGCCUGGACCACCUUGUGCUGACUGUGAAGAGCAUUGAGGACACUGUGGCCUUUUAUUCCAAAGUCCUGGGCAUGGAGGUGGUGACUUUCAAGGGGAAUCGCAAAGCUUUGCAUUUUGGCCAGCAGAAGUUCAACCUGCACGAGGCUGGGCAGGAGUUUGAGCCCAAGGCUCGGCGUCCUGUGCCCGGCUCUGUGGAUUUUUGCCUGAUCACAGCAGUGCCCCUGGAGCAGCUGGUGGAGCAUUUGCAGGCCUGUGGGGUGGCCAUUGAAGAAGGUCCCGUGGCCAGAACUGGUGCUAUGGGUCCAAUAACAUCCAUCUACUUCCGAGACCCCGACGAGAACCUGGUUGAGGUUUCCAGGUACUGCACAGAUGUGGCUGCAGGCACUGAAGGGGAGCCCUGACCAGAGCCCAUCCCAGCAGGAGGUGGGCUGCAGAGGCCAGGUUUGGCUGGCCAAUUUAAAGGUCCAAGCUUUAAUUGUGUAAACCUGGGACAAGCCUCAAAUCAUAGCCACAAAGUAGGGCUGCAAGGAUGUUGGGAGUUUUCCCAAAGCAGCCUGCUCUGCUCUGGGUGUGAAUCCUGCUUUUAUACAUCUCCAUCAUGGAGAUUUCAUGGCCUUCUGGGAAGAUCUGUCCUGCUGCUGCUGUACUGCAAUUGCUGGGACAUUUUCCCUAAUUUCUGCUAUUCCUUUUGCUACACUGUUCACCUGUCACUCCUCUCCUCUCCAGAGUCACUAUUCCACAGUUGGACAUUUCUGUCUCCCUUCCUCUCAUCCUCCUGCUUCUUGUCUCAAGCUGCCUGGUGCUGGUGGCUCUCCCACCAAGCCAGAGGUUUAAAUCCAGCUGUGGCUGUCCAAACACACACCUCUCCUGGGGUUUGGGAAUUUGGCCUCAGUGUGACACUCAAACACUCCUGAAACUGAAGAUCCAAGUUUCGUCCUCAGCUCUGUAUCAAUAAUUGUGGGGUUUCUGUCACUCAGGAAUGGAAAAAGCAGGGAUGAGAAGUCUACAUGAAAGGCAGAGUGUCAGAAGUCCAGGAGUUCACCUGGAUUUAUGCAGGGAUUGAGGACGAUCUGAUGCAAAGGAGUCUGACUCUGAUGGCACCUGGUUAUUUGUGGGACUGUCCUGAGUUUUCUUCUUCCCUUAGUUAUUUAAAAAGCCAUUUCAAAGUCAUCUAAAAAGUAUAAAACUAUGAAGGACCUGGGGAUUCUCAAGCAGAGCAGUUCCGAGGCUGGCCACACUGAGGUAGCAUCGGUAUCCUCACGGGAACAGCGCUGGAAAGGAGGGAGGACUCUUCUGACCUCUACAGUGCAAAUCCUCUAUAAAAUUGAAACAACCUAUGAAUCGUGCUCAUUUUUUCUUUGCUGGAAUUUCGUGGGAAAUCCAAAAUUCUUCAUGGUGCGAAAAAAAGACAAGGUUACAAGAUAAUUCAGUGCUUUGGCUGCUCAGCGGGGAUGAGACGGUUUCCAUUGAGUCGCUUGUGGGAACUAAAGACAGGAAUGCCAUGGGAGAAAGCCACGGGCAUCUCCUUGAAUGGGAUGGGAUGCCUGGGAGGGAUCCCCGGCAGCGGAGUCCCCUCGUUCCCGGGGCCCGCGGAGAGCAGGUGGCGCUCUCCAGGGUGCUGAUGUCCCCCGGCCGUGUCCGGCCACGGCGGGACCCCUCUGAGGGUCCUGCUCCCGGGAGAGGGUCAAAGCCCAUGGGAGAAGGUUAAUCCCCAUGGAACAGGGUUGAUUCCCACGGGGGAGGAUCAAAUCCCAUGGGAGAAGGUCAGUACCCAUGGGAGAGUGCCAAAGCCCAUGGGAGAGGGUCAGUACCCAUAGGAGAGGGUUGGUACCCAUGGGAAAAGAUCAAAUACAAUGGGAGAGGGUCAGUACCCAUGGGAGAGGGUCAAUGCCCAUGGGAGAGAGUCAGCACCUAUGGGAGGGGAUCAAUGUCCAAGGGAGAGGGUUUUGUUCCUUCCACUGGAGCCCAUCUUGGUUCUGUCCCACACAUCAAUCCCUUUAAGUGCUGGCUGACCUGGAGGACCUGCCUAGCUCCGUGGCUUUCCUGUUCACUGCAGGGUGAAACAUGGAGUGACACUUUUGGGGAUCUCACACCUGACCCAAACCAUGGGAAACUCAAAACUUGUAAAGGAAAUUUAGCAAGUAUUUGGAAUGUGUGGAUGAUGGAAGAACUUCUCUUGGAGUGAUGGUGCUGGAGCACUAGAGGCUUUGCUGGCUGAUGGUUGUAGUUGUCUCUGGGAGAAAGAAACAGUGGGGCUCAAGGUUUUUCCCUGGAGGAACCACUGGCCACAGGCAGCAUUGCAGUUGUCCCUGUCCCAACCUUUGCUGGGCUCCCCAUCUAUUGGAAAAGCCUCUGUAUUGUGAGUACUCCAAUUAAAAUGGAUGUUUUCCUUAAUGCAGCAUUAAAGCUUUAUGGAGAAAAUUAAUUUAAUUCCAUUCUUUAUUCAGCAAGAUUCAUUGUGAAUAUUGGACAGUGGGAG